AUGCUAAGCGAACAGCCUGGUCUGUUCGCACAGGUCGCCAACACCAGCUGCUGUAGUCGCCGAUACUCCAGCAGCAUCCAACAACGACGACUCGGUCUCCGAAACCAGCGUCGUGGAAGUCGUCGCCGCCACUCCAAGAAGGUCCGCAAGACAACUGGAGCUGGAACUGCCGUCGCGAUCAAACAAGAAAGCAAGCCUGCCGGGAAUGACAGCUCGAAGCUCGAUGCCGACAAGCCUGUUGUUCUAGUUCGAUGCCGUCCAGCUCAAGAUAGCAGUCGCAACCUCACAGUCGAGAUGGUCGGGAAGCGUUGGUUCACGGACUUCCUUACAACCACCAGGUCGAAGACCGUGGUCUGA